GUCUGGGAUAUGACUGACUAACACACACUCACACAGAUGAUUCCUGCAUUCUGAUGGAUUUCUCUCUCCGUCUAAGGAUGCUGGUGUUGUGGUGUUGUGUUCUUCUGCUUUUGUGUGGUCAGACUGAAGCGUCUCCUGUUGAAAACCUCCAUCUGCUCCAUCCGGACGAACACAAACUCAUCCUGAACCUCGGACAGAAAGAGAUCCCGCGGGACUGUCAUGAUCUGUGGCAGCGCUCGGGUGGUGAGGCACGGGACGGGCUGUAUGUGAUCCGGCCCGGAGGCUCCAGUAUCGCGGUGUUCUGCGCCAUGGCGGACGGUGGCUGGACCGUGGUGCAACACAUCACGGUCAACAGCAGCGUGGACUUCGACCGCUCCUGGGACGACUAUAAACGCGGCUUCGGCUCGCUCACCGGGAACCACUGGCUGGGCAAUGAGCACCUCCACCAGCUCACCAGCGGUGCCGAGCGAUUCAAACUCGGCAUUAAACUGGUGGACGGAGACGCGGUGACCAAAACCGGCGAGUACGACCCGGUACUGGUGGAGGACGAGCGGGCUCAGUACCGGCUGCGGCUCGGGCUGUUCACGGGCACCGCGGCGGACGCGCUCACGUCGGACACCGAGAACUAUCUGCACGACAACCAGCGCUUUACCACCAGAGACCGAGACAACGACAACUACUACCAGAACUGCGCCCGGCUGGAGUUCCAGGGUGUGGCGGGCGGUGGCUGGUGGUACGACGCGUGCGCGGGCGCCAACCUGAACCGAAGGAACGUCAUCUACUGGCAGAAAGACUGCAACAAAGAGCGCAUGUGCAAAUAUGCCUGGAUGAUGGUGAAGCCCUCAGAGCAGCUCAAAGUCAUCCGCAGCGGAGACUGUGGCAGAGACGAGCUCUGAGGGUUAAAAUACUACAAUAGUCUAUACUAGUGUUUUUGAAGCAUACUGAAGUGUUUUUACUGAUAUUACAGCAUUUUCCAUCAUAAUGUAAUAUCAACUAUAGUGAAAUUAAACAUACUGUAGUCAAGUUUUGUUUUUACUACAGUAAACUGUGGCGUAUUGUAGUAUAAUAUUACUUGUGUUACCAUAGCAACCGCAGAAUUGCCAUGACAAAUCAAUUACUAUGACUGUUGUUACCAUCACAACUGUAGAAUCAACAAGUUGUAUUACCAUAGCAAUCACAGAAUCGCCCCAACUGAUCAAUUACUAUAGUUGUUGUUACCAUAACAACUGUAGAAUCACAACAGUUCAAUUACUAUAGUAGUUGUGUUACCAUAGAAACUGUAGAAUCACCACCACAGAUCAAUUACUAUAGUUGUUGUGUUACCAUAGCAACUGUAGAAUCACCACAGCAGAACAAUUACUAUAGUAGUUGUGUUACCAUAGCAACUGUACAAUCACUACAACAGUUCAAUUCAGUUGUUGUGUUGCCAUAGCAACUGUAGAAUCUCCCCAACAGAUCAAUUACUAUAGUUAUUGUGUUACCAUAGCCACUGUAGAAUCACCACAACAGAUCAAUUACUAUAGUUGUUGUGUUACCAUGGCAACUGUCGAACCACCACCACAGAACAAUUACUAUAGUUGUUGUGUUACCAUAGCGACUGUAGAAUCACCACAACAGAUCAGUUACUAUAGAUGUUGUUACCAUAGCAACUGUAGAAUCAAAACAACAAAUGAAUUACAAUAGUUGUUGUGUUAUCAUAGCAACUGUAGAGUUGCCACAACCAAUUAAAGUACUUUAGUAUGAUCAAAAACACUAUAAUGUUUACUAUAUAUUACUGUUGUUUUUUGUGCAGGUGCUUCUAUGAGAUUUAAAGGCUGUUUUAACUUGCAACAAACAAACAUAAAUGACGUUUUUAAUAAGGGAACAAAAGCUUUAAGAAACUAUUUUUAAUUGUAUUUUUAUAGAUUUCCUACAAUGAAUGUUUAAGAGAGAUGACUAUUUAAAAAUGAACAUCACUCAUAUGGCGUUAAGCUGGUUUGCAUGGAGAAAUAUUUUUGUAAAAUGAUCUAUGAAGUUAUAUGUGUGUGCUGAAACUGUAAUUACAUAUACUUGUUGGCCUUUGGGGUGAAUUCUGUUGAUAAACAAAAACUUUUUUUUUACCUCUGAAAGUGAAUAUUUAUGAAUUCAGAUGCAUUAAUUCUGUCUGAAAACAUCUCAGGGUUAUGUCUUUUUGUUAGAAAGUAAUAUGUAGUAAUCAUAAAUGUGGCGUUCAAUGAUUUAAAAUUAUUUACAUUAGUUUCAAUGAAAUUCACACUAAGCAUUCUCAUUAGAUGUGCUACUACAUUUCAUACAGUCAUAUCAUAUUUGAAAUAAAUAUUAAAAACAAA